UGGUUCCUUCUCAGUAGGCCUGACGAAUCUGCCUUCAUCUCUAUUCAUAUUCUUUCUUUUUCUCUCCUUGUAUACAAGCAUACAUUGUGCACAAAUGGAUGUGUGUUGUGUGAGCUAUCUGUAAAUGUGUGUGUUCCCGUGUAUCGUGAUGUUUCUACUGUGCGUGUGUGUGUGUGUGUUUGCAGAUUGAUGAUGGUGCGUGUGUUGGUUCAUCUCAUCUUGACAGUCCUCCUGACUGAGACGUUCACAUCGCUGUCCUCCGCAGGGUUGGAUCCAGCCUCUCUGUGCCCACCUCAGUGGCUCCCGUUUGGGCCCAGAUGCUUCGCUUUCUACCCUGUGUGGAGCUCCUGGAGCACUGCCAAUUCUACCUGCUCUCAGACAGGUGGUAACCUUGUGUCGCUACACAUACCAGAGGAGAGGCAGUUCAUGGGCCAGCUAGUGAACAUGGACACUCGUGUUUGGCUGGGUGGAUACCAGGCACAGCAGAAUGGCUCUUGGCUUUGGAGCGACAACUCCACCUUCGGGAUCAGCGGAUGGACCAAUCAGGGGAAGGGGAACACCACAGAGGACAGAGUUUGCAUGGAAAUGGAUCCAAAAAGUGGAGAGCUGCACAGCGCCCCCUGUGGAGAGCUCCGAUUCUACAUCUGCUCCAUCAAAGCCAGCUCCAGCGCCACUGUUUUUCCCAGCCGCAGAAAACUGGUUGAGCCAGGCCUCGUCCCCGGUGUGAGUCUCCUUGACGUUGUGUGGGGUUACAGCAACUGGUUGGCGGAAGAGAUUCUCCGCUCGUCCACCUUCCUCAGAGGGCUUCGGUCUGGUCGCCUGACGGAGCGCUGCUACACCGGCUUCAUCCAGCAGGAGCUGCUCUAUCUGCACAGAGUCAGCAGCACAGUGGAGGCGCUGAUUAGUCGUCUACAGGAAGCAGAUGACAUGAGAUCACUGCUGCUGGACGCGCUGAAACACUACCGCAGCAGAAACCAGAGCCUCCCCCCUCCACUCCCCCAACAGUGGCUCCACUUGUCCCUCGGGUCUUUCCACUCGGUGGUUUUGGAGGAACCAGUCUAUUGGCUGGUUGCUCUGUCGGCCCGGGCCUGCCUCCGAAGCUUCCUGGGCAGGGAGCUGCGCCUCGACAAGCUCAGGCCCGGUUACCAGCCGGUGCCUGGGUCUGUGGCCCACUCCCUGUACCAGGAGUGGAGCAAAGACAAUCUGAAGGACGUCGCCUGGACCCAUAGUUUCACAAGUGUGCUAGAGGAAUACCGGAACAAGACGGACGUGUUUAAAGCCAUCGGCAUCUUCAGAGAGCACAUGCUCAACCAGAAGAGUUUCUACAAGGCUGUUGACUGUGAUGUUGAGGAUGACGGGUGAUGAAGAGGAAGAAAACACGGGGCAGAGCAGCUGCUGAAGAUGAGUCAUACCGGUUACAGGUCAAUAAGCUUGAUUUAUUUGUACAGUUCAGCUGCUGAAGUAUGAGACAGCUCCUCGGUCUCUAUUUAAACAAAGCCUGAAACUCAUCUCUCCGCCAGGAUCAAGUCAAAAAACUUGAAAAUCUCUUCUCCCAGUUUGCUUGUAGUUACAGUAGCUCAUGCCAAGAACGGUGGGGUUAUUGCACGGCCGUGCCUGAACGCAGCACGGGCACAGUAAGCAGUACCGUCUCGUAUCAAUGCUAAAUAUGAUCAUAACAAAAACAAUA